AAAUGUUUUUGAAACCUCCUAGAAUGUAUGAAUAUUUUAAAGAAAGAUAAAACUUUGAAGAACGGAUUGCUGAAAAACACAAUAUAAUCCUUGCAUUUAGAGACCUGGUAAUUCACUUCAGGCAGUCAGAAUAGAAUAGCUGUCUGCAAUCUGGUGCCCUCUAGGGGUAUUAAACACUAUAUUAAUUCCCGAAUUAACUCCUUAACUCCUUAGUUCCUGGGAUGAUGUCAAAGAUUGACUGAGAUUUAUGGGAAUUUAGGGCUAGCACAGUUGGAGGCCAAGCAAAAACUGUGGUGGGUAAGCCAGUAUAUUUCACAAGAUUUUUUUUUUCAUUCAUAGCAAUUUCCCAAGGCAUUGCUUCAUCAAAAGAACAUCAAAAGAACAGCCGGCAUUUCUGGAGAAUUCUCAAGUACGAAGAGCAAUUCCAAACAUAAUAAUUGUCGUCUCUACCUUCUAAAAUUACACUCCAUAAAUGAAAUUGCUGGAGAAAGUUGUCUAGAAUUAUGGCAUAGAUUAUUGGCACUCAGCUUUAUUUUUCUUUUCCAUCUGAACGCGUGUUACCUUUUGAAUGACUAAGUUUGAUGGCAUGAAGAAAUCCUUGUACCAAGAAACAAGAGGAGAAGGAAUGACUCAGGUUGAAAGGCAGUAUCAAUUUCUCUUUUCUCUGAGUUGCUUUCUGGAGAUCCUGACAUCAGUUACUGUUCAAGGGCAAACAAGGUUUCCAACAACAUUUAAUUCUAACAUGAGGAUGGAUCUGUGCCCACGAACCAAGAUUGGCCAGGAUGAUCUACCAGGUUAUGACUUAAUUUCACAGUUCCAGCUUGAUAAAGCUGCUUCCACAGGCAUUAUCCAACAUGUGGUUGGAUCCACAUCUUUACAAGUUGCUUACAAAUUAGGCGCCAAAGCAGACUUCAGGAUUCCUACUAGAUCCUUGUAUCCUCGAGGACUACCAGAUCUAUACUCCAUUCUGACAACUUUUCGGAUGACUGGGGCUACAGUUCGGAAAUCCUGGAGCCUAUGGCAAGUUUUUGAUUCUUCUGGAAAGGAGCAAGUUGGACUGAAGCUUAACGGACAAGCCAAAUGUCUUGACUUCUCAUAUAAAGCAAUUGAUGGAAGUCUCCAGACAGCAUCGUUUUUGGAUUUACCUUAUCUUUUUGAUUCCCAGUGGCAUAAAGUUAUGGUCGGUAUAGAAAAGAAUUCCGUCACCCUUUAUAUCGACUGUGCUAUGAUACAAACUUUAGCCAUAAAACCAAGGGGGAAGAUCAAUAUUGAUGGCUUUACCACAUUGGGAAAACUGAAAAAUAAUCCUCAGAUUUCAGUUCCGUUUGAGAUCCAGUGGCUGAUGAUUCAUUGUGACCCCCGGCGCCCUCAAAGAGAAACAUGCAGUGAACUUACAAUCAGGAGCUCGAUAAGCCAGACAAUCGUAAAGAGAGGCCCUCCAGGUCCACAAGGCCCCCCUGGCCCCCCUGGCCCUCCAGGUGUUCCUGGCAUUGAUGGCAUAGAUGGAGACAGAGGCCCUAAUGGCCCCCCAGGCCGUUCAGGUCCUGAUGGCGAUGCUGGAAAACCAGGUGUCCCUGGAUUGCCAGGAGUACCAGGAGCUGAUGGAUUGACAGGACCUGAUGGAUCACCAGGUCCAGCCGGUUCAAAAGGACAAAAGGGUGAAGUGGGCUUGCCUGGAGGCCGUGGACUUCCUGGAAAGGGAAUUCCUGGACCUCCUGGUCCUCCUGGUAUAGGAGGACUUCCAGGAGAAGUGGGAAGAGUUGGGCCACCUGGUGAUCCUGGAAGGAGAGGCCCCUCAGGAGUGCCAGGACCUCCAGGACCAAGGGGAACAGUUGGCCAUCAUGGUGGAGAGCCACUGUGUCCAAAUGCCUGCACAUCUGGUCAUCCUGGAUUUGCUGGAAUGAUGGGCAUGAAGGGCCACAAAGGAGCAAAAGGUGAGAGUGGGGAACCAGGAAAGCAAGGCUUUAAGGGAGAAGAAGGCGAACAAGGACGAAUUGGUGACAUCGGAGAUCAGGGCCCUCCAGGACCUCAAGGGUUAAGAGGUUUCAUUGGCAUUAUGGGUCCUAAAGGAGAUAAAGGUGUUCGUGGUUUUGAUGGAGAGCCUGGUCCCCAAGGUCUUCCUGGAGCAGCUGGGGAUCUGGGACCACGAGGUUCACUGGGAGAAACAGGCCCCAAAGGAGAGAGGGGUCCACAAGGCAUUAGAGGAAUUACAGGAUUUCCUGGGCCAAAAGGAGAAACAGGCUUACCUGGAGUUGAUGGCCGUGAAGGUAUACCUGCCAUGCCAGGAGCCAAGGGUGAACCGGGAAAACCAGGACCUCCAGGUGAUACAGGCAUUCAGGGAAUCCCUGCCCUACCUGGUUCUGCUGGAGCAAAAGGUGUUGCUGGCUCAAAGGGCAAUGUUGGUUCUCCUGGAAAAACUGGCCUGAUGGGAAAUUCGGGCAAAUCUGGUGCAGAAGGAGACAUUGGACUGCCAGGUUUACCUGGCCGCCGGGACUGCCUGGUCCUAAAGGCAACAGACGUGCCUCCACCGCUGCUGCAACUGGUUGCCCAAUCUGGGCCAACCAGCAGCAACCUAUCUCUGGUCUACCCAUUGAUUCUCUGCAAAUGCAUUUCUCAUUUCAAACUGCAUGACAUUCCUGCAGAGAAUUUUUCCUAUACACCAGCUGAAGUGGGCAGUUCCAGAUACCUGAAUAAACGCACCUUUGGAACUGCCUCAAACUUUGAACUGAAUGGGGAUCUUGCUUCACAUGAGUUUCAUUCCAGUGGGUGCGAGAGUGGUGACGCCGGUUUGCCAGGCCCUAAAGGAUCUGUAAAUGGCAAUCUUGGUGAACCUGGCUCACGUGGGCCCGAGGGAAACCGUGGCAUGCCUGGCAUAGAAGGAUUCCGUGGGCCUCCUGGCCCCCGUGGUGUUGCAAGGGGAACAAGGUCUCAGGGGCUGCCUGGCAGUCAGGGACCAGCGGGCAGAGAGCCGACUGAUUUGCAUAUUAAACAGGUUUGCAUGAGAGUAAUACAAGAACAAUUGGUGCAGAUGGCUGCUAGUCUUCGGAGGCCUGAAUUUGGGGCUCCUGGCAUUCCAGGCCCACCUGGCCCACCUGGCUCCCCUGGACUUCCAGGAGACAGUGUUCCAGGACAGGCUGGAUCCCGUGGAUUGCCUGGUCUUAAAGGCCCUCCUGGUGAGAUUGGUCCGAAAGGUCCGAAAUGAGAAACGGGUGAGAAGGGGGAGAGAGGAUUCCAGGUCAAGGGCCAAAGGCGUUGCCAGGAACCAACGGGACUCCCCGGAGAACCCGGCAAGGCCAGUUAUGGCACUGAUGGGCGAGAUGGUGAAAGAGGCCCACCUGGAGCCAGUGGUUCCCCUGGUAUUCCUGGUCCUCCUGGCCCUCCAGGUCCUCCUGGUUAUUGUGAACAGUCAGCCUGCACCAUGGAAGCUGGAUUACAAGGAGGGCAGAAUGUGAAAGGCCCAUGAAAAAUGUAGCAUUGCACAAAAUGACACGAAGCCAUCUUUGAUCUGCAGAUAUCGACCAACCACCAAGAGACACAGCCUAGAACAGUGUUUCUCAACCUUGGCGACUUUAAGUCCUGUGGACUUCAACUCCCAGAAUCCCCCAGCUG